AUGGAGUCUUCUCGCCCGACCAAGAAGCGCAAGGCACAAGUCCGCUUUGGCGACGACGACGCGUACGCCCCGCACCGCGAUGGGCUCAAUAUGCCACCCUCAAGAGAGAGCAGCCUGCUGCACUUAGCGUAG